UGACGUAGCAACGGCAAAAGAUAAAAACCAUUGCCGGUGACUCAGCCGCGAAAAAUUUACAAAAGCACCACCAGGUACUAGACGAUAGUUUUUUCUUUCUCUUUUUGAUUUCAUACUAUCCAGAUAGGUGCUAGACAAAAUGGCAAUCGACAUCCGACCAGCUACAAGCGACGAUAUCCCCCACGUCCACGCCAUCUACAAGCACUAUGUGCUCGAAACGGUGAUGACAUUCCAGCAGACCCCCCCACCUGUUGAAUCGACGCUGUCCAAGUUCCAAGACAUCACCUGGCGGGGACUUCCGUAUCUAGUCGCCGUGGAGCAGGGAAAGGUGGUCGGGUAUACGUACCUCUCUCCCUUCCGAGGCACGAUGCUGUCGUACGCCCCGACAGUCGAGCUGUCUCUCUUCGUACAUCGCGAGUACACCUCGAAGGGGGCAGGUAGCCGGCUGCUAUCUUCGGUGCUGGCGAUUGUCGAUUCAGAGGAAGGCGUGGCGCAUCUUGCACGGGAGCCUACCGGGCUGGUGGACUCUGCGCUGUCGGCUCCCGUACGGAACGUGAUAGCUUGUAUGGCGCUGAAUACGGAUGGCAAAGAGCGGGGCGAGGGACUGAGGAGAUGGUAUGAGGAUCGGGGGUUCGAGGAACGAGGAAGGUUGAAGAACGUAGGAUUCAAAAAGGGGAAAUGGAUCGACACCGUUUACCUCCAAUACACCUCGAAGAGCCAAAGUUUAUGAUACCUAUAAAUACCAUGAUUGACCUGCAGUGAGCUUCGAGUAGGAACUAAGCUUUCGAUAGAUAUCCCAC